AUGUGCUUCCCGCUGGUCCGGCCCCUGCCGUUCGAGCCCCCCCCGCCCGGCCUGUGUCCGCCAGCCCGCCACACCUCCUCCGCCGCUCGCCGCCCUCCCCGGCCGCCUCCCCGCUUGCUGGAACCCAUCCGUGAAUCCAACGUGGGCCUCGACCUUGCCAGUCCGGCCUCGGGCUCCCCUGAUCGGUGCUCCCUCUGUCCUGAUCGGUGCUCCCUCUGUCCGGGCUUGAACUCCCGGAGCUCUCCUGCCAGCCCGAAGCCCCCCCGGCUCGCCCUCCCUCCCAUGGCGCGCCCUCCCUCCCCGGGGGCCGGAGACCACCUGCUGCCUCCCACCUUGCCUAUCUCCUGCGGCCCGGCCUUGGGCUCUUCCUAUCCUGCCAGCUUGCUCCCCUUGCUCCCCCCCCUUCACUCUGCUGAGCCCUCCCCCUCCUAA